AUGACGGCUGCCUGCCCUACCUCCCAUGACUGGCAUCCUCCCUCUCCCCUCCCCGCUGAUCUCCUCCUCGCCCUCGGGUCCCCUUGCCCUGCUUCCUCCUCCCUCUCGGUCUCCUCCCUCCACGUCAUGUCUGUCGCCCUCAGCCGUCUCGUUCACCUCGGCUUCGUGGUGCUGGUGCUGGCGGCGGCGCUGGUGCAGCUCGUCCUCGCCGACGACCUGGAGGAGGCGACGAGGCCGCAGCCCGACUCUGCCAGGCCUGCAGCGGCCGACCCGCCGGCUUGCGGCUACACGAGCGGAGGCUUCGACCGACGGAAGAUGCUGCAGCCGAGCUUCGGGCAGACGUUCAAGGCCAAGCGGGUAGGGGCGUGCAUGAGGGAGUAG